UGACGAAAGAAGCCUGAAUUGCUUCCACUGAGAUUUUAGCUUACUCUACAAUUUACCAAAAUUCCAUAGUGGAAAUUGGAAAUUAAGGCAAUUUUUGCCACCUUUUUAUUGUUCUCUCAUUUUAGAUGGAAACGACCUUGCAGCAAUAAAGGCCUCUAGAGGGAGCUGAAGCUCUAUAAAAUGUCUCAGGUCUUGUUAGUGCUACUUAACUUCCCUUAAAAAGAAGCUGCAGGUUGGCUACAUUUCCCAUUCAGUCAUGUCAUACGUGUUUGUAAAUGAUUCUUCCCAAACAAAUGUGCCUCUGCUACAGGCUUGCAUUGAUGGAGAUUUUAACUAUUCAAAAAGGCUACUGGAGAGUGGCUUCGACCCAAACAUCCGGGACAACCGUGGCCGAACCGGUCUUCACUUAGCAGCAGCUCGAGGAAACGUUGAUAUUGCUCAGUUGUUGCACAAAUUUGGGGGUGAUCUUUUGGCCACGGAUUACCAAGGUAACACAGCUCUUCACCUGUGUGGACAUGUUGAUACCAUUCAAUUCCUCGUCUCCAAUGGACUCAAGAUAGAUAUUUGCAAUCAUCAAGGCGCAACACCUCUUGUCCUGGCAAAACGAAGAGGGGUGAAUAAAGAUGUGAUUCGAUUGCUUGAAUCGUUGGAAGAGCAAGAAGUGAAAGGGUUCAACAGAGGAGCCCACUCAAAGCUGGAAACAAUGCAGACAGCUGAAAGUGAAAGCUGGAGAUGUUUAGACUCUUCAUUGGAAAGAGUUCUAAAGAAGUUGGACUGUCACAUGGCCAAUGAACUUCAGGAGUCAGCUCAAAUUGCCUAUUUGGAUGCCAUGGAAAGCCACUCUCUCCUCAACCCCAACCUGCAGCAAGGGGAAGGUGUUCUGUCCAGCUUCCGAACAACCUGGCAAGAAUUUGUAGAGGACCUGGGCUUUUGGCGAGUGCUGCUUUUGCUUGUAGUCAUUGCUUUGUUGUCUCUUGGAAUUGCAUACUAUGUUAGUGGGGUGCUUCCCUUUGUGGAAAACCAGCCUGAGUUGCUGCAUUAAAGGCCAUGUAAAUUCAUAGUGUCUUACUACUAUUUGUAAUGUCUCAUUUUGUUCUUUGUUGGGCAUAUGUUGGUAGCUGCAUGUAAGGUUUAGACACACAACGCCCCCCCCUCUCCCCGACAUUGUAAAGAACCCCUUCCAAAAAUAAAGGAUGCAUUAGUCUUAGCUACAUUACUGAAAGUACUCAUCAACUGUAUCUAACAUGUUCUUGGAUUAUCAUUAAUCUAGUCUCUGCUGAUAAAUGUGACAAUAUAAAGAAGCAAUGGAAAGCUUUUCCUUGAUAUGCAAAUGUUUAUGAUCAGGAGAGCAAUUUGUUAGAUAGAAUGUCUCUAAAAAUUGUUGUAGAAUCAAGUCUUAUACUGUGGGCCUUUAAAGGUGGUCAUUUUCUACAAUUACAAGGAAUUUCCAGCAGAAAAACAAACUAAUUUGUAUUUCUUUGGUAAAGAAAACAUAUAUCAUAUUUUUCAAGAAGCAACACUUGAGAAUUUUUGCAUAAUUCCAUAAUUUUCACUUGAAAUAUUAACAGUUUUUCAUUUAUUUGGAACAAGACCAAUAUUUAGUUAAUCCAAAUGAGUUGGGAAAUAUCAAUACAUUGUUAGGAAUUUUUCUUUCGGUUGGGGAGAUUUUUUUUUACAAGUAAGCAAAAAUGAUGUUAAUGGCUUGAAAAUUUGAAUAGAGGUAUUGUGUAAAACUUGUGUCAUGAUUGUGGAAAAGGUUUAUUUUGCCCUGUUUAUAAAAUAUUGUAAGUUUUAAACUAAUUUUCCAAAUAAUUUAAUUGCAAUGAACUCCAUGUCCUAAUCCCUUAACAUAUGUAUUGUUGUAUAUGUAAAAUGAGACCUGACUUAAAACUAUUCUUUGAAGUAAAUAAUAUACGUAAAUAUAGGAUCUUUUUAAUAACUUCACUAAGAUUAUCUAACUAAGAUUGAUGGUUCAGGCACUUAAUGGUGCAGGAAGUAAUGUCUAGUUUUUUGCUGAACUGAAAAUUCUGAAAAUGAAUCCAGAUGUGCUGGAGCAUACACUGUCUCAGAGUUCUAUUUAUAUCCAGGCAAGAGAGAAAAUAAUUGCUCAUCUCUCUUCUUCUAUAUCCAAAAUAAGUAAUUAAUAAACCACGUUUAAAAUCUAAAAAUUGAAGCAAGUGAUUGAUAUGUUUACCCCACAUUAAGUUUUUCAUGUUCAUUCUAAGGAAAUAUAAUUUUGUGUUAAGGUGCAAUCUUCUGUGUAAAAUGUUCUGUAAUAUGUUUUGUAUUUUACUUAACAUUGGAGGAAACAUUGGAAAUGGACUAUUUGUACCCCAAUUUUAGAAUCUUUUUUAAAUGUUAACAAAAUAUCCUGAACACAAUUCAGUCAAAGUUCUAUCUUUUUAAAUACGUGGAUUUUCAAUUUAGCAUUUCUUUUUUUGAAGUUUGUAGGAUCUUGUUUAAAAUAACAAACAGCAAAUUCAAGACUACGAACAGGAACAAAUUAACUGCUCAAAAGUGAAUGUAGCAGAAAUAAGAUAUAAGCUAUUAGAAGAAUUAUAGGCUUAGGAUGUCUUUUUGUAAA